UCUACUCUCUAAUAUUCAGUCGCAACUGAUACGUGGUCAAGGAUACAUCACUCUGUGCGAUCCAUUUAUCAUUCAAAAGAGAUGAGAUGGCAGUCAUUUUAAUAUCUUUGAUUGUUGGAGUGCUUGUAGCGUUUUAUUUUUAUCUGGCACAAAAAAACAAAUAUUGGCAAAAACGUGGAAUACCAUGUGCGGAUGGAGCUCUGCCAGGAGUUGGUCAUAUGUUGUGGGUAAUUUGCAUGAGAACGUCCCUGCCGGAAUGUUGUUACAAAAUCUACGAAGAUAAUAAGAAUCAUAGUAUGAUCGGAUUUUAUAACUUCACAUCACCGUCGUUAAUAAUUAUUGAACCAGAACUGGUAAAGACGGUGUUGCAGACAAAUUUUGCAAAUUUUUCCGAAAACAACGUUGAUAUUGAUCCAAUCUUAGAUCCUUUGGUAGCACACAAUCCCUUCUUCAAUUCUGGUGACAAGUGGAUCACCGCGAGAAAGCGUUUUACUUACGCGUUCUCUAGUAUGCGUCUGAAAAUCCUGCUUGAAAGCGUCAAGUCGGUAUGCGUAAUACUCGAAAACUAUCUCGAUAACAAAUUGAGCAAAGUAAGAAAGAUAGAACUGGAGCUGAAGGACUUAUUCUCCAGAUAUACCGCACAAGUGGUGGCCGCCGCUGGCUUCGGUGUGGACGGAUUCUGCUUCGAUGAUGAGAAAGAAGAUUUAUCUUUCCAAAAAAACGGCCAAGCCAUUUUAAACAUGGAUACGUUUUUGUUUAUUGUUCGAUUCCUCAUCCCCUCAUUGAAUAAAAUCUUCAAAAAAAGUUUAACUCCGAAACAUAUCGAUCGUUUCUUCAGGACGUUAGUCGCGGAUCUUAUGGAGCAACGACGAAAGGACGGCAUACCUAGAAAUGAUUUCCUUCAUUUAAUGACAGAAUUAGAGCGGACUGAAGGCGAUAAGAUUGAUCUCGAGAUGCUCACAUCUCAUGCAUUAUCAUUCUUCCUCGAUGGUUAUGAGACCUCUAGCUCUGCUAUGAGUUUCGUUGGUUUUCAAUUAGCUAGUCAUCCAAAAGUGCAAGAAAAAUUACGCAAGGAAGUAAUGACUGUACUCGACAAGUAUGAUGGUGUGAUAACUUACGAAGGUUUGAAAGAGAUGACAUACAUGGACCAAGUUUUGAAUGAAUCACAGAGAGUCAUAUCUGUAGCGGGAUUAAUGACUAAACGAUGUACGGAGAAAUUUGAGUUAAAAGGAUCUGAUGGACUUGUUUGUCACGUACAACCUGGAACGGAAAUCUUGAUACCUACCCAAGGCCUGCAGAAAGAUCCUCGAUAUUGGGAAAAUCCCGAAGUAUUCGAUCCUGAAAGAUUUAGUCCAGACAGGAAACAUAGCAUCGAGAAAUUCACUUUCCUUCCUUUUGGUGAAGGUCCGCGAAUCUGUGUCGGAAUGAGAAUGGCUUUAUUACAAAUGAAAGCUGGUCUCGCUGCAAUCCUAAGAAAAUACAGCUUGGAGCUUUCUCCAAGGACGCAAUUACCUUUGAAAAAUAUUCCCGGAACCGUCCUAACAACGCCAAAAGGUGGUCUAUGGGUCUUUCUUCAACAGCUUUAAAUGCACUAAUCUUUUGAGCUAUAUUAGAAUCGUAACUGAGAUUUUUGUAUUUAGAUUUUAAUAAUAAAAUGUGUAGUUGUAAAAAUAAAAUUUAUGUCAUAAAUUUAUAUUUAUUUUAUUAAAAAUUUAAUAAUUCUAUAAUAUGUUCUUUUUUUAUAUGAUUUAUAUGAUUCAAUAUAAAUAUGAGAAUGAGAUAUAUAUAUUUCAAAAUAUUCUUUUAAAAAUGUAUCAAAAUGAUUUAAUGGGCAAACUUCUUUAAACUGAAAAUUUUUAUUUAAUUUUGUAAUUAUAGUUUUUAAAAUUUAAAUGCGAUUGAUAAUGAUGUCAAAUGAAAUUUAUAAUAAUAUUUUAUAUUUAUUUGUCACACUUUAUAUAUCUUUAUAUAUCUUGUUAGCUAUAUAUAUAUUAUAAAUAUAUAGAAGAACUUUCUGUUGUACUAUGUCGUGUCACACAAUUAUUUGCACGUUACAUAUGCAAAAUCACUACGUGUAAUAAUUCACGUUUAUUUCCGUUCUGCAGUAUCACUCUUAUCAUUUUAUUGUUGUAAUAAAUAUCUCUUUAUUUUAAUAUAA